GUUUUCUUGUCAGUGACUCAGUGAAUAUAGGAGGAGUAAAGAUGGCGGACAACGGCGGCGUAGACCCUGUGAAUAACAACAAUAAUAAAAAUACCGCUUCGGAGGGGACAAUAAUCAAAGUCACAGUCAAAACCCCGAAGGAUAAGGAGGAAAUUGCCAUCUCGGAGGAUGCCUCAGUCACACAGUUCAAGGAGGAGAUCUCCAGGAGGUUCAAGGCCAAGCAGGAUCAGCUGGUGCUGAUCUUCGCCGGGAAGAUCCUGAAGGACGGGGACACGCUCAACCAGCACGGCAUCAAGGACGGCCUGACGGUCCACCUGGUCAUCAAGACCGCACACAAAGCAGCAGAUGGCGCCGGCUCGCAGGCUUCCGCCUCGUCCAGCUCGGGCGGCCCCCAGGUCAGCAGCAGCAGCAGCGCCAGCCCUGCCAGCCCCAGCCCGGCCGCCGCCUCCUCCCCCGCCGGGCCCAACAGCAGCGGGUCCACAGGGGCCCCCACACAGCCAGCCAACCUACUGACGGGCUUCGGUGACCUCUCCAGCCUGGCGGGCCUGGGCAUGGGCUCGGCCAACUUCAUGGAGCUGCAGCAGCAGAUGCAGCGGCAGCUUAUGUCCAACCCGGAGAUGCUGUCCCAGAUCAUGGAGAACCCGCUGGUCCAGAACAUGAUGUCCAACCCGGACCUGAUGCGCCAGAUGAUCGUGGCCAACCCCCAGAUGCAGCAGCUGAUGGAGAGGAACCCCGAAAUCUCACACAUGCUCAAUAACCCUGAGCUCAUGAGACAGACCAUGGAGCUGGCGAGGAACCCCGCCAUGAUGCAGGAGAUGAUGCGCAACCAGGACCGGGCGCUUAGCAACCUGGAGAGCAUCCCGGGGGGCUACAACGCCCUGCGGAGGAUGUACACGGACAUCCAGGAGCCCAUGUUCAGCGCCGCCCGCGAGCAGUUUGGUAACAACCCCUUCUCCGCGCUGGGCGGGAACUCUGACGGCUCUGGUGUGCAGCCCUCCAGGACGGAGAACCGGGAGCCCCUGCCCAACCCCUGGGGCACCCCCGGCACGGGCGCCGCCUCGGAGGGGGGGGGCGGGACGGGCGCCUCCACCACCACCACCACCUCCGGCCAGAGCGGGACCACGCCCAGCGUCUCCAACCCGCUGGGCAUCAACGCCGCCGGCCUGGGCAACGGCAUGUUCAGCAGUCCCGGGAUGCAGUCCCUCCUGCAGCAGAUCUCGGAGAACCCGCAGCUGAUGCAGAACAUGCUGUCCGCGCCCUACAUGCGCAACAUGAUGCAGUCGCUGGCGCAGAACCCGGACAUCGCCUCGCAGGUUAUGAUGAAUAACCCCCUGUUUGCUGGGAACCCCCAGCUGCAGGAGCAGUUCCGGCUGCAGCUGCCCGUCUUUCUGCAGCAGAUGCAGAACCCGGAGGCGCUGUCGGUGAUGACGAACCCGCGAGCCAUGCAGGCGCUGCUGCAGAUCCAGCAGGGGCUCCAGACGCUACAGACCGAGGCCCCGGGGCUCAUGCCCAGCCUGGCGCCUGGCGGAAUCCCCACAGCCCCCCUGCCCACAGGAGUGGGCGUGGCCCCAGAAGCCCCUACGCCCGCUGGCACUGGAGGCCCCGCCCCCGCCCCCGCCUCCGGGACAAGCCCCGCCCAGCAGCAGCUCAUGCAGCAGAUGCUACAGAUGUUCGCUGGAGGCGGAGCUUCGACCCAGACCCCGGAGGUGCGGUUCCAGCAGCAGCUGGAGCAGCUGAGCGCCAUGGGCUUCAUCAACCGCGAGGCCAACCUGCAGGCCCUCAUCGCCACGGGGGGCGACAUCAACGCCGCCAUCGAGAGACUGCUGGGCUCCCAGCCCUCUUAAGCCGCGCGCCCCCGGGGGGGGGCGGGGGCAGGGGGGGCGGCGGCGGGGUCAGGGGAGGAGUUUGGGUGGUUUUGGGAGAGGCGGGGGGUGGGUGGGGGGGUUGGGGGGGGAGACACCAUAGACAAAUGUAUCAAAGACAAAAAAACCAUGAUUUUUUUUCCCCCAAAAAAAACGACCCGAAGAUCACAAAAUAUGCGGCUACAGCUCCGUUUGGCGUUUGGUCCUGUAGGGGAAGGAUCUUCUGUGGGGUCCCGCACCCGCCCCCCUUCUCCCCUCAAAGCCACGCCCCCUGUCCCAGACCACGGCCCAAUCCCCAAACCAGCCCCUUUAUUCACUCAGAGUCCUUCCUGACCGAUGAUUGGUCAGUCUUCUGCCCUGCCCACCAUGUGAUCUGGCCUUGUGUGCUCCCUUUUAUUAUUUUUUUAUUUUUUAUUUUAUAUUUUCUUUUGUUAGUUUUUUUUUUUUGGUGGGCAGGGGAAGGGUGUCCAAAAAGGCAGCCGUGCCACUGUAAAAUGAUUCCACUGCCAAAAACCCACCCACCACCGCCCCCCCCCCCACCCCUCGAUGGCUGAAAAACAUACAAAUGCCUCCCCACGAAUCAACGAAAAUGAGGUUUGUUCCCACCCCCCCCCCCCAAGACGACCUGUCACUUAAGCUGCUUUAUUACCCCAUGGGGGGGCUCCUGACAUGAACCAUAGAGCCUGCUGGGGCAGAAAAAUAUAAAAACACAAAAAAAAAAUAACAGGCAAAAAACACAGUUUAGAUUUUUAGGACAGUCACAGAAAAAGGUCUCACUUCUGCUCAUCACCUUUCUCUCUCUCUCUCUCUCUCUCUCUUUCUCACUCGCUCGCUCUCUCUUUGUAGUCCUGAGUUCACGCCUGCUUGACUUCACUAUUUAUUGCAAGUGCUCUAGAAGGUUUGCUCUGUGUGCUCAACCUCCCCUCUCCUGUCCCCCCCUGCCCCCUACCCUCCCCUAUCUCUCCCCCCUCCCCCUCUUAGUAGGUCUUUCCUGCUCUCUGACUGCAGUAUGAUAACCCCGCCCCCCCCCCCCCUCGCCCACAGUUUAAAUUCUGUUGUCAUUCCAAAUAUAAUGCCGAUGAGACCAUUGGACCCUCCGGCCCCCUCGUGCGCCCCACCCCCUGAGCUAUGGUGACUCCUCCCACGACCCCCCCCUUCCCCCCCACUCCACCUACUCGGGACGUGAUUGGUUACCUGAAGCAGGAAUCAGAAUCAGGCACUUGACGCAAUUUCAAAUCGGCUUAAUCAGAACAUGAGGAUCCUGCUGAAGAGGAGGGUUUUUUCGGGGUAGGGUGGGAUUUGGGGGAAUGUGACAAACAUCAAUAAACUGGUUUUAAAGCUGGAGUCAGAGGUGGUUGAAGACAGAUUUCUUUCUUUCAUUUUAAUCUGAUCACUUAUGUAUUUUUAUUUUUGAGGUGCUUAUAGUGCCUAGAAAAUGACCUGUUGUGUAUCUCAUUUUAAUCUCCUUCCAAAAAAAAAAACAAUAAGAAAAAAAUAACAGCUUUACGUUUUUUUUUCCGUAUGGUGGCACCAUACUGUACAAGAAAAGAACGAAAAAAAAGAAAAAAUAUCUAGGUUGCUCUUGAAAUCUCAGCCUCGUAGUUGUGGUAACCUUGGUAACGGCUCUAAAGCUUUGCUUAUUUUGUCAAAUGGAGAGCUCCGGUCCAUCACCUGAUUGAACAUGUUGAAACUAACGUUUAACAGUACUGUACUAAAAAAAUAAAAUAAAAUAAAAAUAAACAAGGGUUGGUCAAGAUGCUGGCCACACACUUUUUGCUCCUUC